AUGGUCAACUCUCCCGGGUACACAACCUCACGGCUCCUACGGUACGCCCAUCACUCGAUAUCCCCAGGAACCGACUACAAUGUAGAACCGAGCCAGGUCGACGAAUCACAGUGGGGUCCUCCAUCAGGCUCAGAAGCUUGGAAGCCUAGGAAGCUGAUAUUCUUCUCGACCUGCAGCGCCAAGCCAACGCCACCUUACGCCGUUCAUCUCAUUCUGCGGCCUGCCCUCUCACUCACCCCACGCGUCGGAGGCUUCAUCCCCAAUCCGCAGACCGAACACACCAGCUCCUGCCUUUACUGA